AUGCGGGCCUUAAAGGCCAGGCGUCGCAGCGUAAGACGAACAUCGAAUUUGUCGCGACAGAUAUCGCCAGUGGCCCUGGAUGAGGCAAUAUCAGCCGACGAGACCAAGAAAGGCGGGAGAAGCUCAUUAGUCUCGGGACAAGGUGGACAAACUGCAGCUCCCGACAGCGACCACAAUAGCAACGACCAACCAGAUACGUCAGACGCGUUGGGCUCCGAAUAUGAUCCCAAUCAAGGCAAUUUUGCGAACUCCAUGCCCAAGCGAGUUCUUGAAAAGCUCAUGGAUUUUGCACUUUUCCAAAACGCCCCUCGGACGUUCUUCGUCGAGGUCGCACGGAGGCUUCAGCUCAUGACUUAUCAUGCCCAAGACCACAUCGUGAAGGCUGGUGAGCCGGCCAAGGCCAUGUAUUGGAUCCUCAGGGGCUCAGUCAACGUUACUUCACCUGAUGGCGAAACUGUGCAUGCACAGCUACUCGAAGGCAGCUAUUUCGGGGAAAUAGGCAUUCUUUUCAACCGAUCUCGAACGGCUACUAUCGUAGCCAAGACCAAAGUCCUAGUUGGAGUUCUCACCGCGGAUAAUUUCAACCAAAUUUUGCCUGACUUUCCGCAAGUCGAGCGGCAGAUUCGCGAUGAGGCUCAGGAACGACUGGCAAUGCAAGACAAGAAGAAAAGAUCAGGAGUUACUAGUCUACUCACUGCGAAUAUCGCGUGGAACAAUAAUGGUGUUCAUCCUGCCCCAACACGUGCUGCUGAGAUAAUACGCUCACCGACUCCAGAGUAUGGGCUACAAUCGCCAUCACAUUUAAUUUCUACAGAGGUGGUAGAUGACUCGAUAUCCAUAAGGCAAUUUUUGAAAAGCUUGCCACUAUUCACCACUCUGCCGGCAGAGAUAGCCCACAGAUUGGCACUAUGCGUCGAAAUUAAACAAGCAGAGCCCUACGAGUACAUUUUUCAUUCCGGUGAUAUAGGCACUAAUAUCUACUUCAUUGUCAGUGGCGAGGUGGAAGUCUUGACCCAAGAGCUGCCUUGCAAGGAUCAGGAGCAAUCGCCAAAAAAAUCCCCGAGAUAUAUGGAAAAACUUCUGGCAAGACUCGGACCAGGUCAAUAUUUUGGAGAAAUGGGGUUUUUAGGCUCCAUAAGUAAUGACCGCGACAAGUCUAUCAGAUCUGCUGACGUGCGAUCAGUUUCGUCAAGCACUCUACUAGUACUGACGGGCGAGACUCUCAGACAAUUCUGCGAAAGCUACCCAGUGGUCAAACGAGAAAUCACUAAAACAGCCGAUGACCGUGCAAAUCGUAAUUUAACAACAUAUCAAAAGAAGCAAACUGAAGCGCAGUGCUUUCCAGUUGAAGAAAAUGCAACUGGAAAAGAGCGAUUAUUGAAAAGACCUCGCUCUCAAAACUCUACACAGCCCUCCAAACCCAACCAGUUGAGUUCCGUACCAGCACCUGCUCCAAGCAGCUUUCCAUUUAAUGCGAAGUUUUGCUUUGGUGAGACGAAGGGUCAACCAGCCACCCCUCCUUCUUCCGCAGCACCUGUCACAUUAUCACCAGACAAUCUGAUACCCUGUAAGAAACCAUGUUACGUGCCUUCUCGUUCUGUGUCACCAGCUACUGGCCCUUCUAAACCUCUUGAGCUGGAAACUCCACCAAUGAACCCAAAAACGAACUCUAGUGAUUCUUUCAAGAUUCAACAACCAGCCCCCCUCAACUAUAUGUCCCAUCGUAAGCGUACCAGGCUGUUGAGCUUGGGUGGCGGACCAAACAGAAGAAGAAAUUCAGUGUUGAGUGUUGGACCUCUACCUGAUCGCAUUUUACUGAGAUGCUUCCAAUUCCUCAAUCUUCCCGAGUUAAUGAAGCUUCGGCUUGUUUGUAGAAGAUGGAGGCAGCUACUCUAUGUUGCUCCUGGACUCUUUGAUACUUUGGAUCUUACACCGUGGAGUAACUCGAUAGAUGAUAAGUCACUGACUGAGAUUACAAACUUUGUGGGGUCUCGUCCCAAGCUCAUAGACCUUUCAAACUGUUUUCAUGUUACCGACGAAGGUUUUUCGUACAUGAUCAAUGAGAUCGGUAUAGAGGGUCAACUACGCGUCAUCAAGAUGAAGAGCUGUUGGGAAAUAAGCGCUAUGGCUAUCAUGGAUAUAGGUGCUCCUUUCAUUGGCAGUUUGAUUGAGGAAAUCGACUUAACAAAUUGCAGGAAAGUUAAAGACGACGUCAUACAGAGACUAUUGGGAACGAAUGAUAGCAGGCGAACUUUAGUCGGCGGCCCUUCAAACGCUACCGCCGACCAGAAUAGUUGGGCAUAUCCACUGGACGAACCGAUAGAAGGAAUGGAACUAUUUGAUGUUGACGAUAGCCAACAUUUGAGUGUGGGCUGCCCUAACUUAAAGGUUCUAACCCUAAGGCAUUGUAAAUCUUUGACAGACUCUACUCUCCAUCACAUCGCGCUUUACACUCGUCACAUCUUGAACAGCUUGGAUCUUACACGCUGUACGGGAAUUACUGAUGUUGGAUUUUCAUAUUGGGGAUAUCAAAGCUUUGCAAACUUAGAAAAAUUGGUUCUUAGUGAGUGCAUCUUCUUAACGGAUAAUUCAAUCAGGUCAAUCGUCAGUUGUGCAGGAAGGCUUCGUGAGCUUUAUUUAUCGUUUUGCUGUUCUCUUACAGAUGGCGCAUUGGAAAUUUUAUGUCUAGGCUGUCCAAAUUUAGAAGUCUUAGAUUUAAGUUUCUGUGGCAGAGCGGUAAGCGAUGUUUCGCUCUUAGGUUUGUCUAUGCAUCUCAGAAAACUGCGGCGGAUUAUAUUGAAAGGAUGUCUGAGAGUCACUAGAUCUGGGCUGGACUCGUUGCUUGGGGGAUUUACUUCCUUGACGUACAUCGACAUUUCUCAGUGCAAAAAUGCACACAUGUAUCAAGGUGGUAUUGAAGCCACCAAAUUCCAGCCCACUGGUAAAUCCAAAAGCGUCUUUUUAACGAUGGAGGACAAUAAUGAUAGAUGCGUGGAAGUGAUUAUUUGA